AGAAUUUUUACUAAGACUUCGUAGUUCGUAGCAGAAACGUUCUGCUUAGUAAAUAGUAAUAUAAAAAAUUGCAGUGAUCCAAAAGCUGAGUAUAAUGAAUUUUAAACUAGUGUUGAAUGGAUUUUAGAAUAGAGUUAUUGAUCAUUUGGUAAAUAUGGUGCCGGUCGUAAUUGAAGGCUGUACGCAAGGAACCGAAGGUGGUGGAGCUCGCGGUGGCUCUAUUUCACUAGGCUUGUUAAUAGAUUUCAUCGUACAAAGGACUUACGAUGAACUCACUGUAUUGGCAGAAUUGCUACCUCGUAAAACUGAUAUGGAGCGUAAGAUUGAAAUCUAUAAGUUCAGUGCCAGGACAAGACAGCUAUUUGUACGCUUAUUGGCUUUGGUCAAAUGGGCUAGCAGUGCCACAAAAGUUGAUAGAUCUGCUCAUAUUAUGGCUUUUCUGGACAAGCAAGCACUACUUUUUGUUGAAACUGCUGAUGUUCUGGCUCGUGUUGCUCGAGAGACGCUGGUCCAUGCAAGGUUGCCUACAUUUCACAUGGCAGCGGCUGUUGAGGUCCUUACUGUAGGUACAUACAGUCGUUUACCAGCUGUGAUACGUGAGAGACUUGUACCUCCACCAUCUCUAACACCUGCAGAACGCCGGACUACAUUACGUGCACUAGCUCAUGUAGUGCGACAGCGUCUUACAACUGCAUCAUUGCCAAGCGAUGUUAGAAACUUAAAGGUGGAAAAUGGAAGAGCAACAUUUAGUGUUGGUCAAGAAUUUAGUGUAUCUUUAACAGUAAUGGGUGACGCCCCAAAUGUGCCUUGGAGGUUAUUAGAUAUUGCUAUUCUUAUUCAAGAUAAUGAAACUGGAGAGGGAAAACCUUUGGUGCACACAUCGCAGUUAAACUGGCUGCGUGGCGUUGCACAAGCGCGGCUGGCUUCCGCUGGCCUCAGUGGAGCGCUUACAGCUCUUCGUUAUUUCUGUCGCUCCCUCUCCUUAGAACUGCUUUAUACCCAGACUUUACGCCUUUGUCGCGAUCGUCUGGCUCGCCAUCUUCAAGUAGACAGAUACAUACCUGGGCAGAAGUUGCAAGUUUCAUACUGGAGGGAGUUAGGAUGCGAGCUCGGGUAUCGUUUGAUCAUCGGUGCGGAAGGAGAGACGCUGUGUGUUUGGCACGUACCUGCGCUUGUGGGCGGAGAGAGAGUUGCGGCGGCGCUUACACCGCACGCUCCAUCCAUGGAGCGUCUGCUGGCGCACACCGUGCACGUGCGAUCGAGACAGCGCCUUAACGACCUCAAGGUUCUUCUUAACGAUUUAGGGGUCGAAUGCAGCGUAGGCGGAUGGCCGUGCGUUCUAGCAUGCUCUGUGGUGUGGCCGUGUUUGCGAGCAGAACAACUACUGGUAUCGGUGGGUGCGCAUGGUGGACGUUUGCGCGCGCGCGUGCCCGCAUACCCGCACACGCCGCGCAUGCCCGAACUAGCCGCCGCGCUCACUCACGCUAACCGAACGCAAGUGCGACAAUUUCUAACACAUCUACGGUUCUGGCUAGUAGCGCGUCGGUGUGAAAAAACUCUUCAACACUUGCCGGCGAGCGUGUGCGAACAUCUGCCGUUCCUUCAUGGACCCGACCAUCCGUUGAACAAGCUGGCUCCCGACCGCCUUUAUGUUACACUCCAUCGACACACGGAUCACAUACUAGUGGUGGAAAUGAAAGAAGUGGCAGCCGGCGGGACGGCUACUACCAGUUCAAGCAACAACAGCGGCAGCGCGUGCAGUGUCGCUCUGGCCUUCCAUUUAGCAGGCGCGCGUCGCUGUACGCCAGACGAGUGUGAAGAUGAGACAUCGUCUACGUCUAGUAAUGGAGCAUCUUCAACGACCGCUCGAGCGUUCCUCAAAUUGCACUCCCUCGUUGAACUGGAUACAUUUACUCUCACACACGGACCCUUCACACCGCUGGAUACACCUGGAAUGCAGCCGGGCAAGCGCAAAUUGUCGGCUGCAAACAAUCGCGCCGUGCGUGUUCGCCAGCCGGCGUACUUCCUGCCCGAACUAGCGCACGUAGUGGCCGCCGCCGACGAGCGUGUUCCUUUUGUAAACCUCGCACAGGAGCUAGCAGCACGCGGUGUCACUCACGGCGGGGUACAAGCGGAAUGGUCAGGGUCUGCGCUCGGUAUGAGGAUAGUGGCACUGCCGAGACCCGAGGGCGCCAGUGAGGCCGCGGCAGCUGCCCUGCGCGCACGUCUCCUUGCGGCCACCGUUCGUCUCACAACCAAGAACCAAGCGCGGGUGUGGACUGCCGAAAUCGUAUUCCACGGUUCCCCUGUUUCUACACCAAAUCCUAAAGAACAAGGUGAACGGCGUUGCGUCUACCUACAAUACGAACUUGGCACAGACGCUGGUAGAACAGCAGACGCGUUCUUAGCUGAUUGGGCGGCUAUUGUACAUUUGCACACCCUUUUAUAUGAUUACAUGCUCCGGCCCAGCCAAGAACGUGAAACGCUUUGGCAAGGCGUGUGUAUACGCUCGUACACGUAUCGUUCUCUGGUACUGGGAUGGGGCGCGGCUGCUAGGGCCACGGCAGUGCUGCAGUGGAACGCCAGCACUCAGCGGUACACCGUGGCCACUCCUGCGCACCAACCUGCGGCCAACGCCCACCAUCUCUUGCAUCACCAUUUGGACCACUAUAUUAACUGGCACAAGGAUCUGAUGUCACUGGGAGUGGUGUUGCGUGAGACGUACGCGCCCCUGUUGGCGCUCAGUCGGUUGCCCACGCUCCCACAACUGGGCCUGCACCACGUUCGCACGCUCAUGCCCACUCCUACGUUCACACUGCUAGCCCACUCGUGGAGAAAGAUUCGCAUAAUAUACGCAGGCGCUUAUUCAAUAGAAGUGGGAAUUCGUGGUGGCAGUAUGGUGACAAUACGCGACGGAUCAUAUUCAAAGUUCGACCGAAGCACUGUUGUUGAUGAAUUUGCUCCGGCGCAAGGGCUCAAAACGUUCCUGUCGAGAUAUGUUGAUGAUAAUAUCAGCGCGCGAUUGCUAGCAGAAGAUGACAAUCCACCAUCACCGAUGUCUCCAAUGCCUCCAGGAGGUCUUCGUUUCCCCGCGCCCCUCACUCCGUCGCAACCACACACGCCUCACUCCGCGCCAGUUACACCGCAUCCAGCCUCUCCAGCGCAUCAGAUGGGUGGCGGUUCGUUUAACCUAACGUCUCCGCCGGGCUCAGCGGGCGGGAGUGGGGCGGGGGGUGGUGGGGGUGGUGCAGGCGGUGGGGCGGGGGUGUCCGCUUCCCCCGCCUCGCCGAUGGCCCCUUCCCCUCUGGCGCCCGCAGCGUCUCCGCACCCUCCGCCCACCUCGCCCUUCACAGCGUGGCCCGCCUCACCGUCGUUGCCUCGCCCGUCGCCCGGACACCAUCCUUCGCCGCGUCAUCAUGUUGACUACAAGGGUCCACAAGCGAGUUCGUCGACGGCCGCUGGAGGUCGCGGCGGUGGGAUGGGGGGCCGCGGUUGGAUCGGCGCGGUGGGCACGCCGCUGGCCGUCGGCAAGCUAGAGGCGCUGUGCUCACCUUCGGAACCGCCGCCCGGAGCCCCGCCCGGCCCGCCGCUCGCACCACUACAGCGCUUCCUCGCCUGUGUCUAUAUGAAGCGAGCGCUGCAGCGCUUCCUACACCAAGAAGAGUUUUUGACGAUGGUUAGCGUGGACGCGACGUCGCUGACGUUCCGCUGCGAAGGCGCCGGGCUGGCGGCGCGCGUUACGCUACACCCACAACACAUGCAAUCGCUUCACUUGCAGCUGACCGCCCUCGCCGAUGUCAAGGACAACUGGUCCGCAGAUGACCUACAGGUGAUGGAGAAGUUCUUCGAGCAGCGCGUGGCUAUAUCGCCGUUCCGCGCGACAGCGCUGCAGGGCUGGGCGCGAGCGUGGGGCGCGCCGGGCGCAGCGCUGCCGUCGCUGGUGGCGCUCAUGCGCGCAGACCUGGCGCCCGUUGCGCCUGCGCUGUGGACCUUGCACUGGGUACUGCGCAUCCCGCCCGCCGGCUCGCAGAUCGUGCCCGCCGGGCAGCCCGCCGUGCUGCUCGCCAAGCACAAGAUACUCUUCUUCAUAUGCCUCACCAGAGGCGAGACGCAACUACUUCUUCCGCUUGUCUACGACGUCCAGUCCAAUGCGAUGCAAAUAGCGGAAAGACGUGAAGGUCAACAGCCCCACCUACUCGCCGUCAAUAUGCAUCUUAAAAGGUUUGCGGAAUUCAACCAGUCCCACGGCGAGUGUAUCCUGUGGCCAGCGGUUCGCGACCUGCUCAUAAACUUCUCUCUGCCGCCCGACGCUCCGCAGCCGGCGGCACCACCGCCGCCCUAGCGAGUGCCACGCCUGCCCCCGUUAUUAUAGGGGUCAAGCCACCCGCCCGCGGGCCACUGCGACUACUUUGACAUGCUGACCUUCGACUAUGGCAUACACGAUUAAUAUCUCUGCUCUCCUUACGACAACAAUAACGAGGUUAAAUUGUUGUUUUUACAAUUUAAAUAAUAGCAUGACUAAACUAUCCAUCAAUUGAUAAGGUAAUCAUAAACCACAGUUCUGAGUGCCUCGUGUGAAGUUUUCUACCCAUUUUUGUUGUAUAUGGGGGGAGGGGAUCAACUGAAAGCAAUAUUCCCGACUUAUAAGAAACCGGGUUAUUUGGUAUUUCAACCAAUCUGAACCACCUCGGUGGUCAUCAUCAGCACAUAUUGGGAGGCUCCGAGAUCUACUAAGAACCCACCGGUGCCUGCCUUGUGCGGCUCCUUUUUUUGACUCGUCCCGAGUAAAACGGUUCCCUAAUCGCUCAUUUAUCUCCAUUACCGCCGCCACCGUCAUCCCGGGACCACACGUAAGAGCCCCCAUUCUGACCAUCCGUGGCCCCGAGUUUCCCUAUAUUGUGUUCUAUAUGGCGUUCCUUCGAUACCAUCUAU